AUGCCGUAUUCGAGACUGCACACAUCAAGCCACUUCACUCACAUCAUGGAGUGGAAAGCAGACGAUGAGGUGAAACAACACUGGAUUUUGAAAACUAUGGCUGAUAAUAACUGGAAAUUACAGUGUGAUAGAAAACAGAACAAUAAUGCUAUUUCUUUGUCCUCUGUGGCAGCUGAGGUGGUUAAGCUGAGGAAUCACCUUAGUCUCCUCCGUGAAGAGUAUGUCAAGCUUCAGAACAAAUUAGCUGAGGUGGAGAGGAAGUACCAGUUGUCCGCGGCAACAUCAGGCCAGCUGGAUGAUGACAACUUUGUAGCCAGGCUGCUCAAAACUGUUGCAGACUUAUUCAAUAAAGCAAAAUACAGUGAUCUGAUUGUUCGUUUGGAUGGAGGAGAUCAAAUCCAGGCGCACAAAUUUGUGUUGGCAGCCAGAAGUGACUGCUGGGGAGUCAGUAACUUAGAAGAUGUGUCAGAACUUGACUUCACAGAUUUUAAUGUGGAAGUUGGCCUUGGGAUAUUAAAAUGGGUGUACACGGAUCAGAUAGACAUCAAGAAUGAUGACACUUUUCUACUGGAGCUGUUGAAAGCUUCCAGUAGAUUCAAACUGACCGACUUGAGGAAAAAAUGUGAAAAUGCUCUCAUGUCUUUCGUGAAUGUUCGAAACUGUAUACGGUUUUACCAGACAGCAGAGGAAAUGGAGGCGGACAUUUUGAAGAACCACUGCUCAGAGCUCAUCUCUAACCACUGGAGCGACUUCACGAGUGAGGAUUUUUCCUGUAUGCCAGCACCAUUGUUAUAUCAGAUGUUCAAAUCAAAGACGGAAUAUCCACUUCACACGGCCAUCAGGGCCAAAAGAGAAGACGUCGUAUUUCUUUAUCUCAUUGAGUUCAACUCAGAGCUUUCACACAAGUUGAAUGAAAUAGACAAUUUGGGUGACCUCCCCUUGGACCUAGCACUUGUGUCAAAACAGAAGAGUGUUGCCAAUACCAUAUUUGGGAAUCAGGUAGAUGUAAACAAGAGAGACAAUGCUGGGAAGUGUUUACUGCACAAGGCUAUUAAAAGAGGGGAUGAGUUUUCUGCAGAGUUUCUGAUUCAGCAUCAGGCUGAUGUGAAUGCAGUGACGCACAUGGACAGAGAAACACCGCUACACAUGGUGAGCAGCUUUAGCCCUGAGGUUACCAGCGAGGAAACCGUACAGGGCAUGACGCGCAUCGCAAAACUGCUGCUAGACAGUGGCGCAAACGCUAACGCUCAGGACACAGAGGGAAACACUCCAAUACAUCGUGCUAUAUUCUGCAAGAAUGAGCCAGUUUUUAGCAUCUUACUUCAACAUGGCAACCUGGACCUUGAACUUCAGAAUUUGGAUGGACAUACAGCUCUAUGGAUGGCCUUGAAGGCUGCCAUGGAAAAUAGUGAGAAGGGGUCGGAGAUAGUAUUUGGGGAGGACAGUUUUGCUGCAAGACUGCUCAAACAUGGCUGCUCCCCCGAUGCCGUGAACCCUGACACUGGUGAUAGUCUACUCCACCUGGCAGCACGCCAAGGCUUUGAGGCAGCAGCCGUGUUCUUAGCAGCCAAUGGGGCGAAGGUCAAUGUAGCUAAUUCCAAGGGUGAACAACCAUUACACACUGCCUGUAAGCAUGGCCUCACAAAACUGGUACGCCUCCUACUGGACAAGGGAGCGAACCCUAAUGCUCAAACCAAACCCACAGAUCUGACCAAACUAGGCUUUACAGAUGAGGACGAGCCUGUGUCACAACAAACGCCUUUACACCUAGCUAUCGCGAACAGGCACGACGAAGUCAUUCAGGAGUUCAUCGUUUACAAAGCGGGUGUCAGUGUUGGAACUGACAAGCUCAAGAUAUUACCUAAUUUCAGUAUUAAGGAUUCCCAGGGGCAGUCUGCCCUGGGGCUAGCGUUGUGGAAUGGCCUGCACAUGAUCGCCUCCCAGCUUCUCAAGGAGGGCGCCCAUGUUAAUGAGAGGAACUCAGAGGGCAUGUCGUUGUUGCACCAGGCCAUUCAGAAUCAGGACACAACAAGCUCCCAGUUUCUGCUGAAUCAUCAGGCAGACAUUAACCUCAAAACCCCUGAUGGAGACACGCCCCUUCAGCUGGCAAUCAAACGCCAGCUGCCAGUGGUUGUGGAUGCCUUAUGUGUGAAGGGUUCGGAUAUGAAUGUGAUUGACGAGUCUGGGAACUGCCCCCUGUGGGAGGCCCUUGAGAGAGGUCAGGAGGAUUUGGCCUCCAUUCUGGUAAAACACGGCUGUAAUGUGGAUGUUUGGGGGCGGGGACCAGAUGACUGUCAACAAACGCUGCUUCAUAGAGCCAUAGACGAGAACAAUGAAUCUGUGGCCUGUUUUCUUAUCAGAAGUGGCUGUGAUAAGAAUAGUCCUCGUAGACCUGGGCCUAAUGGAGAAGGAGGGGAAGAAGCCACGGAUGGUCAAUCCCCGUUACACCUGAGCUGUGCCUGGGGCCUGGAACAGGUUGUGCAGUGUCUGAUGGAACAUGGAGCUGAUGUCAAUGCACAGGAUGCAGAGGGGAAAACCCCCGUUCAUGUGGCCAUUCUCAACCAGCAUGUCGUCAUCAUUUCUCUUCUCCUCUCACACCCUGGCCUUGACCUCACUGUCAAGGACAAACAGGGUAUGACCCCUUUUGCCGCUGCCAUGACAACCAAGAACAACAAAGCUGCUCAAGCAAUUCUUAAUAGAGAACCCACAGCCGCUGAACAGGUAGACAACAAGGGCCGUAACUUCCUGCACACUGCGAUACAGAAGAGUGACAUUGAGAGUGUGCUGUUUCUGAUCAGUGUGCGUGCAGACGUGAACUCACGGGUUCAGGACUCCAAGCAGCUUACCCCUCUCCACCUGGCUGUCGUGGCUGGGUCAGAGAUAAUUGUCAGAAAUCUGUUGUUAGCGGGUGCGAGUAUGAAUGAAGUCAACCACCACAAACAAACGGCCCUCCAUCUGGCUGCCACCAAAGAUCAUGCCACCAUCUGCUCUAUUCUUCUGGAGAAUAACAUCAACUUUGACGCCUUAGAUGAAAACAACAACAAUGCUCUACAUGUGGCUGUUCAGCUUGGCAAUCUGAACACAGUGAGGGUGUUACUGACCGAGUCAAACAUUAAUGCAGAGGUCACAAACUCAAGAGGACAAAAUCCAAUGCAUGUAUUGGGCCAAUAUGGAAAGGAAAAUGCGGCAGCUAUUUUUGAACUCUUUCGAGAAUGUAUGCCGGAAUAUCCAAUUGAUGUCCCGGAUACGGAGGGCAAUACAGUGUUGCUACUGGCGUACAUGAAUGGCAAUGGGAAUCUUUGUCGGGCAGUUGUGAGGGCUGGAGCCAAACUAGGCAUCAUCAACAAACAGGGUGUGACCAUUUUCAACGCUCCGGUGGCAACAAAACAGCUUUUGUUCAAACUGCUAGACAUGCUCUCUAAGGAGCCCCCAUGGAAUGAAGGCGAGAACUGCUUGGAAUGCAAUGUCAAGUUUGGUAUCAAAACAAGAAAACAUCACUGCCGCCACUGUGGACGUCUUCUUUGCUCAAAAUGUUCCUCCAAAGACAUUCCCAUUGUCAAGUUCAACCUCAGCAAACCUGUCCGUGUUUGUGACAUUUGUUUUGAUGUUUUUGACCGUUGUGGCAUUUUCUAAGUCUGAUGGCUCGUUUUUUGAAAUGUUAUCAUUUUAAUAGACAUAUUUA